AACGGGUCCGGGUUCAACCCGACACCCAAACGUUGGUGGAAACGAAUCCACCAAGGAUUUAAAGCCUAUCGAGUUGCCCGAGCCUUCCAUGGCCGUCGGAGGAAUCGCUUGGCGACCCAAAUGCCGCGCCGUCCUCCACCUGAGCUGCCGCCGGUCCACCUUCUCCACCUCGGACGCCCUCGUCGACGACAUUUGCCGUAUCCUCAGCGACCACCGUGCGCCCCACCACGACCUCGCCGCGGCGCUCCGCCCCUUCGCCCCCGCCCUCACCCCUGGCGUCGCCGAGGGGGUUCUUAUACGUUGCCGCCACCUCCCUUCCCCCGCCCACCGCUUCUUCCUCUGGUCCGCCGCCAUCCCUGGCUUCCACCACUCCCCAGCCGCCCACCUCGCUCUCGUUCAUGCCCUCGGCGCCGCCCGCCAGUUCCCCCUCCUCUGGUCCCUGCUUUCCGAGCUCCGCGACGCUGGUCGUGGCAGCGACGUUGCCCGACCCGAGACAUUCUGGCUCCUCUUCCGCUUUUACGCGCGCGCCAGCCUCCCCGACGACGCCAUCCGUGCUUUCAGAAGGAUGCCCGACUUCGGCAUCCAGCCGGGCCUCGAGGACUUCCAUCAUCUCCUCUCCUCGCUCUGUCGAAACGGUCUCGUUGCGGCCGCUCAGUCAUUCUUCGAUCAGUCAAAGUCCCUCUUUAAUGUGAAUCACAAGACGUUUAGCAUUUUGAUCAACGGCUGGGGCGAUGGUGGGGGUCCGAAAGAAGCCCUUAGGCUGUUCGACGAAAUGCUUCAUAGAAGAUGCUUGGUGGAUGUGGCCGCUUACAACUCCCUGAUCUUAACCCUCUGCCAAGGAGGUGAGCUCGGUGAGGCGCACGUCCAGUUGCAGGAGAUGCAAAAGACUCACAGGCUCAAGCCAGAUGCGGGCACCUAUGCUGCUUUCGUCCGAGCUGCAUGCAAGGCCAAUGAUGUGCAUGCCGCCGUAGGGGUGCUCGACAGAAUUCGAAGGCAUAACCUUGUGCCGAAUGUUUUCACCUACAACUGCAUCAUUCGGCUUUUCUGUGGAAAUGAGAUGGUGGACGAAGCUUAUGAGUUGCUAGAUGAAAUGAUCGAGCGAGGUGCGAAGCCUGAUGCUUGGAGCUAUAACUCGAUACUGGCAAUUCAUUGUAGGUUGCAUGAGGUCAAUAAGUCGCUAAGACUGCUAGCAAGGAUGGACAAGGAUGCCUGCUCACCUGACCGACACACAUAUAAUAUGUUGUUGAAGAUGUUAAUUGGUGUCGGAAGAAUAGACCGAGCAAUGGAAGUUUGGGAUGGGAUGCAGAGGAGAGGGUUUUACCCUGCGGCCUCAUCAUAUGCGGUAAUGAUCCAUGGAUUGUGUAAGAAGAAGGGGAAGGUCGAGGAAGCAUUCCGGUACUUUGAGAUGAUGGUUGAUGAGGGAAUUCCUCCAUAUCUUAGUACUUGCGAGAUGCUAAGGGAUAAAUUGUUUGAGAUCGGAUUGAGAGAACAAGUUGGGGUGCUUGCAGAUAAGAUGAGACGAAGCACUUCCUGCACGAUACAGGAGCUCGUGAUUGCAAUGGAGGGAAGGAAACGAAUUGGCCAUACUCGAGAAGAAUAAGGGUCAAUUCUUUGGUCAUCGUUCCAAGGCUUGUUCUGAAAGGCCACUCAUUCAAGUCAAAGUAGCUGUUUCAGUGAAAGUCAAACCUUUUUGUGGCUGAUCAGUUUUCUAUUGGAGACCCAUAUUGAUUGGCAAUUUGAGGUGCUCCUUAUCAAGAAGAUCAGAAGAAGAUGAAAGUUCCAUGCGGCAGAGGCUUUUCUGUGUAUGUAAUAACUCAUAUUGUCAGAUUGAUUGAUGGAGAUUUAGUUAUAAUCAGAUGGACACCCAGAUGGUGUGGUUUCAA